AUGUCUUCCUCCAACAAACAUUGGCCUAGCAUGUUCAAGAAAUCCAAGCCGGACAACCAUCAGAAUUGGCAGCAUGGCAUGAACUCAUCUCUCUUGUCCGCUGGCCUACAAACUACUCCUGUUACUUUAGGUGGAGAUGUUGAUGACAGAAGUCAUGAACCGAAGCCAAGAUGGAAUCCAAAACCGGAACAAAUUCGCAUUUUGGAAUCCAUCUUCAACUCCGGAAUGGUGAACCCUCUAAGGGAAGAGAUCAAGAAGAUACAAGCACAGUUACAAGAGUUUGGCCAAGUUGGAGAUGCAAAUGUGUUCUACUGGUUCCAAAACCGCAAAUCGCGAAGCAAAAAUAAGCAUAGACACCUCCAUAGCAAUCCAAGAAACAAAAAGAAUUUCGCUGCUGCUGCUCAAAUCAUCACUGCACCACCUAACUUAUCCUUAUCAUCUUCCUCUGAUCAUCCAAACGCAAAGGCGCCGACCAACGAAGCGAUAAUGGUUAACAACAUUGGCUUCUCCAAUGUUAACGAUGGGAUGAGAGUGUUGCCUAAUUCUCCAAAUGUGAACCAUAACCAAACUGCUUAUAAUUUUCUUCAACCACCUGCUGAGACCAAUUUUCAACUACCAACACCUCAACCUCAACCAUAUUUCGCUUUCCCUAUGGAGAAUAAUAACAAUAUCAAUGAAGGACUAGCCCAAGAGCUUUACUUAUCAGAUCAGUAUUCCAAUUCCAAUAUGGUUCAGCCUUUACCUCAACAAAAUGUUGCUCUUCCUUUGUUUAAUCAUGACAUCAUGAUGAACUAUGGAAUUGGAAUUGGAAAUGGAGGUGGAACCUCCUCAAUGAAUGACCACCAGCAUGAUCAAGAGAAUAUUAUUCAAGAACAAGCAAUGAAUAUGAUGCAGAUCAACCAACAAAACCAACAACAACUUGGUUUUCGUCUCACUUCAAGGACUCAUGAUUCAUCUCUUGUUCCUCUCCCUCCUGUUGUUGCUCCAUUCCCCAUUCCUCAAUUUCAAGGUGUUGACGAGGAAGUUGAUAAGCCAAAAUAUAGGGUGAUAAUUAACAACACUGUAAUCGAAGUUGAAGUAGGACCUUUCAAUGUUCGUGCAAAUUUUGGAGAUGGUGCAGUUCUAUUUGACUCCUCUGGCCAACAAGUUCCCACCGACGAAUGGGGUGUCACCCUCGACUCACUCCAACAUGGUGUUUCUUAUUACAUGAUCUGUGCUUUUUUUUCUUCCAAACUCGUUUAA